AUGGUUCUGCUGACAGUUGCCAUUGCGGUCCCGCUUCUUCUCCUGCGCCCCUCGGAGACCUCCGCACAUUACUACGAAAUGAUGGGCACCUGUCGGAUGGUGUGCGACCCCUACGGCACAAAACCCGGGGAUGCGGCCGCAGGGGAGGAGACCCAGACCGUCAACGGCAUCGCACCGCUACCGCCGAUGGCGCAAGGGAGUCGCGGGGAACCGGGGCGACCGGGAAAACCGGGACUAAGGGGUCCGCCGGGAGAACCGGGACCCCCGGGAGCCAGGGGUCCUCCGGGGGAGCGAGGCGGCGGCAAAGUCGCCUUUCCUGCUUUAACAGCCACGGCCGCCGGCGACGCAGAUGCCAACUCUACAAACAGCGGCAAUCGGGUCGCUUUUUAUGUCGGCCUAAAGAAUCCCCACGAGGGCUACGAGGUGCUGAAGUUUGACGAUGUCAUUACAAACUUGGGGAACCUUUACGAUCCGAGCACCGGGAAGUUCACUUGCCAUGUUUCGGGGAUCUACUACUUCACAUAUCAUGUGCUGAUGCGGGGAGGAGACGGAACCAGCAUGUGGGCCGACCUGUGUAAAAAUGGACAGGUCAGAGCUAGUGCCAUAGCUCAGGACGCCGACCAAAACUAUGACUAUGCCAGCAACAGUGCUGUUCUGCACUUGGACUCGGGUGACGAAGUUUAUGUGAAACUGGAUGGCGGCAAAGCUCACGGAGGCAACAAUAACAAGUACAGCACCUUCUCGGGCUUCAUUUUAUACCCCGACUAG